CCAAAAGUUGGCGAAAGUUGGAGAGCACGAGCAUCCAGCCGAAUUGCGACGCAGCAUUUGACAGGAGCAUAUCAGUAUGCGCGGGCAUACAUCACUAGCAGGAGCUGCGAGGCACUGCCGACCAGCCCGCCGCCUUGCGCCUCAUAUCCAACGCCGAGCGAUUCAGAUCACUGCGGCUCCGACGUCAGACACGCCAAUUACUGGAGAAGACCCGUUCAGCAGCCCGAGCGAGUCGUCAAGCACAGCAGAUGCGCGCUUUGAGGUCAUCGGCGCGCCAUAUUCCCUUCUCUCGGUUUCAUUAUCAGCAUCGCAACGCCUAUACACAAGGCGGGGCACCUUAGUUGGCGUCAGUGGGAAGGUUGAAAAUGCACAAUCGACCCUCUCCCUGCUGGAGCCGUUCCGACGAGCCGCACUAGGCAUCCCAUUUCUUUACCAGCGCAUCACGUCAACGAGCCCGAUCACAGCUCUCAUCUCUACGAAAUCCCCAAUCACAUCACUAGUUGUCGUGCACCUCAAUGGCACCGUCGACUGGAUGGUUACACAGCGGAACGCGCUUCUUGCAUGGACCGGCCACACCCUCUCCGUCACACCCCGCGCAAACACGUCAAUGAACAUCGCGCAUUGGGGCAACUCACAGAUCCGCGGCCGCGGCCUCGUUGCCUUCUCCGGCUCGGGCCAGAUCUACCAGGUCACGCUCAAAGCAGGGGAGGAAUACGUCGCGCAUCCCGGCAACGUGGUGGCAUACACCAUGAGCGAGCACCCGCCGCUACCCUACCGCUUCAAGUCGUCCAACUUCCGCUUUCAGGUCCCCGACCUCGGAUUUACCCGCCUUCUACAGAACGUCAAGUUCUUCCGCGUUAUGUCCGAGACGAAGACGUGGCGCACUGUGGCGAACCUCGCGUACACUCUGAGGACGUCGGCGCGCAGGACUAUCUGGGGCGACCGACUGUUUUUGCAGUUCCACGGCCCGACGACGCUAUUAUUGUCGUCGAGGGCGUCGCGGAUUAGCGAUGUGAUGACGACGAGGGAUGUCAAUGAGGUGGCGGAUAGUCCGGCAGGGUCGGUGCAAGAUGCGGUGACGUUGGCGAGGGAGCCGCUGGUUGAGGCGGAGGUGGCGCCGCUGCCAAAGGUGGAUGCACCUACGGGAUUCCACGUUGCCAGCGUCGGCAAGGACGGAAAGGUUAAGUUUGGAGAGGCAGCGAGCAGCGCCGACGAUGUCAAGAGAUAGAGGAAUGUGGGUAGUAGGGAAGUGUAUUACUGGUUAUUGCGCGGGGGUUAAAAAGGGGGAUAUAUUGUACGAUCAGUGACACAGUAGUAGAACUAGUACUGUGGUAUGAGUCUAGUAUGAGUCUAUAGUACGUUGGUAAUCUUUGCUCAUGCAAGGUCGCGGCACCUCUGCCGUAUUUACAUGGGAAACCGUCUAAAUCCGACCCGAUGCCUGUCGCUGCAUGAUGUCGUAAUACGUGGUGAACGUGGUGAACGUGGUGAAGGCGUGCGCGUAAUAUGGAGUAAUUUUGUCCGUGGUUACUCUAUCUAUAAAAAUGCUAAACAAUAAUACAAUAAUAAAGAUAGUAUACGCAGAAAAAUAUACC